AUGACAUCGCCAUCUAUCGAUGAUUCUAUAUCCUCAGUGCGAUGGUCUGAGCGUAAGGAUUUUGAAACUCCUAUGUUUCAAAACCUCUCUGAUAGUAUCCUGGUUGCUCGAAACAGGUUGGAUGGUAAGGGCCAUGGCGUUAACCCGUUAGAUCUACCUAUAGAAACAGAGAAGGAAGGGAAUCCUGUCUCUGUAGAGGUUGCUCAAGGUACUGAAGAGACCCCUUUGCAGACGGCUGACUUCGGUGAUGUUGGUCAUGAGGAUUUGGCUUCUCGAAGGGGAGGACUUUCAAAUUUCAGAGGUGGUAGAGGAUCAGGGGAAGGUAGAGGUCAAGGCAAUACGAAAUCCUGGGCUGAUGUUGCAGCGUCCUCAUCUCGAUCUACCAUUCCUUUGAGUUCCGUCCUUGAAGGAGGGCCCUGGUACAUUGGUGGUUCAAACCUAUUUCUGAAAAAAUGGACUUGGAUGAUGAAGCUGUCAAAGGAAAAGGCUACUACGGUUCCAGUAUGGGCUAAGUUUUUCAAUGUGCCUUUUGAGUAUUGGGAUAACGAUGGGCUCAGCCGGAUUGCAAGUGUUGUAAGUACUCCGUUAUUUAUGGACCAACUUACAGAACAGGGUAGUAGAGUGUCCUUUGCUAGGGUCUGUGUUGAGGUUGAUGCAACAUCCAACCUUCCAUUGAUGUUCAGUGUCAAUUGUGAGGAUGAAGUUGCUGUAGUUAGGGUUGAAUAUCAAGGUUUACCCCCUAAGUGUGACCACUGUGUAGUCUUUGGGCAUGACACUACUAAAUGCGUUAAGACUCAAGUGGCUGCCUUGAUCAAUCUCCAGAAACAAACAGAAGACAACCCAGAUCCUAGAUGGGAAACUGUCAAGGCCACGGGCAAGAGGAAGGUGGAUGUCCCAGAAACCCCUACAGUGAUAGAAAAUUUUGCAACUUCGAAGGAGGAUGGUCUGCAGGAGCCUGAUGUGGGGCAAAGUCAACAGCAAGAGUCUCUUCAGGAGGAGCCUGAGGAAAACUUGGCUAAUCUAGUCCUUAUAGCAGCGUCUAGUCCAACUGGGGGGGAGAUAGAGGUCCCCAAAAUGGAUGGUUUGGAGGCUUUGCAUAAGGGAUUGCUGGAAAUUACCAGUUUGGUUCUUCCCAAUGACGCAGAAUUGAUGGCUAAAGUGGAGAAACUAGUGGAAACCACUCCUAGUAGUUUAGCCACCAUGCAGGCCCAACUUGGCACUAAGGCAAAAGGUAACUCCUCUGGCAAAGUUCAAGACCUUUCUUCUGAUAAUAUGUUAAAAGUCUGUUUUGUUUAUGCUGACAAUAAACCUGAUAUUCGAAACGGCCUUUUUGAGUAUAUGGCUACUAUAUCCCUUUUGCAGUACAAAACUCCUAUUGUGAUACUUGGGGAUUUUAAUGCUAUCAGAUACCCUUAUGAGAAAUUUGGGGGUUCUGUACGCUGGUCUAAGGAUAAAGAGGAGUUCAAUUCAUACAUUUUGAAAUCUGAAUUGGUUGAUCUCUCCUAUGGGGGUUGCCAAUUUACUUGGGCUAAUAAGAGGACUAGUGGGGACUACAUUGCAACCAAAAUAGAUAGAGUGUUGGUGUGCCAAAAAUUGAAAUAUUUGAAGCCUGAAUUAAAGGCUCUGAACAAGAAAGACUUUAGUGAUAUUACUACUAGAGUCCAAACUUCAAAAUCUGAGCUCUUCUCUGCUCAGUGUAAGUUGGAUAAGGACCAUAGUAAUAAUGAUCUGCAAAAACUUGAGCGCAAUAUCUAUAAACAACAUGUUGACCUCCUGGCUGUUGAAGAGAGUUUGGCUCACCAGAAAUCUAGGGUCCAGUGGCUUAGUCAGGUGGAUAGAAAUAGCAGUUUCUUCUUCAAAACUAUUAAGGGUAAUAUCAAUAGGGGUAAAAUUUUAAAUCUUGAGAUGAUGGAUGGCCAAAAAUCUUCUAAAUCCGAGGACAUCCAAACUGCAUUCACCAAAUUUUUCUCAGGCUUAUUUGGUACCCCUUUUGAUGACCAAUAUAAUGGUUAUGACAGAAUUCAGUCCCUUGUUAAGUCCAAAAUCUCUCCUGAUCAAUCUCUAGUUCUUGCUAGCCCUGUGACUGAUAAAGAGAUCAAGGACACAUUUUGGUCUCUUAAAGCUAAUAAGGCCCCUGGCCCUGAUGGCUUCUCUGCUGUCAAUAGUACCAUUAUUGCUCUCAUCCCCAAAGUCCCUAACCCUGUCAGAGUGGGUGAUUUUAGACCCAUUUCCUGCUGCAACACUAUUUACAAAUGCAAUGCCAAGAUCAUAGCUAAUAGGAUUAAAUCUGUUCUCCCUGAUCUUAUAGACCCUGUCCAGUCAGCUUUUGUUCAGGGUAGGAGAAUUCCUGACAAUAUUUUCCUAUCCCAAGAGCUCAUGAGGGGGUAUCAUAGAAAGUCCCCUAAUCUGAAGUGUGCCAUGAAAGUGGAUAUCAUGAAAGCUUAUGAUAGUGUGAGAUGGGAAUUUAUUAUCGAUAUUCUCAAGGCGUUGGCCUUUCCUCCUGUCAUGGUCUCUUGGAUCAAGGCCUGCAUCACCAGCCCUUCAUUUUCAAUUUGCAUCAAUGGGAGCCUUCAUGGCUAUUUUAAAGGGGCUAGAGGUUUAAGAAAAGGUGAUCCUAUGUCCCCUUAUUUAUUCGUUUUGGCCAUGGAAAUUCUGGCCAAAAUCUUGGCUAAGAAAGCUAAGCAUCCACUCUUUAAGUUUCAUUGGAAGUGUGAGAAGACAAAAAUCAUCAAUCUUUGCUUUGCUAAUGAUCUCAUGAUCGUUAGCAGAGGAGAUGCCUCUACUGUUAAGCUUACUAUGGAAGGCCUUAAGGAAUUUUCAUCCCUGUCUAGCCUAAUUCCUAAUCUCAGCAAAAGUAACAUCUACUUUUCGGGUUGUGAUAUGGGGUUGAGAGCUUCUAUUCUUGAGAUUGCUAAAUUUACAGAAGGUACUCUUCCCGUUAAGUACCUUGGUGUCCCCUUGAUUACCACUAAGUUGAGGGCAUCUGAUUGUGUCCCUCUCAUUGAUAGGACCACCAAAAGAGUGAAGAAUUGGACCAAUAGAGCAUUGUCUUACGCUGGUAGAAGCCAGCUCAUUCAAUCCAUUCUCUUUUCUAUGCAAGUAUAUUGGUCUUUCCUCUUCAUUCUUCCCAAGAAGGUUAUUAGGGAGAUUGAUAGUAUUCUUAGAGCCUUUCUUUGGUCUGGUACUGAUCUUAAAACACAUAGUGCCAAGAUUGCUUGGGAUUCUGUAUGUGCUCCUAAAAAUGAGGGGGGCUUGGGCUUUAAAUCUUUAGAUAUUUGGAAUAGAGCGGCCAUUGCUAAACACAUUUGGUUUUUGUUCUCUGGGGGCGAGGGUUCGAUGUGGUGUCAAUGGGUCAAAUCCUACUUAUUAAAGGGAAAGAGUUUUUGGAAAGUCAAGGUUCCAAAUGAUCCCUCUUGGGUGUGGAGGAAAUUAUUGUCCCUUAGAGAUUGGGUUUCUCCUUUGAUUAAUCAUAAAAUUGGUUGUGGGGAAGCUACUUUCCUUUGGUAUGAUAAUUGGCGCCCUCUUGGGCCGCUAUGGAAUAAAUUCGGGGAUAGAAUUAUUUAUUAUUCUGCCCUUAACUGUGAAACAAAAGUCAGUCAAAUCAUUGAUGGUUCUUCCUGGAAGUGGCCUUUUCCCAAUUCUUGGGAAAUUCAGGAGUUAAUAUCCUCUACUCCUGUGGGCUGUAAACCUAACCCUUCUAGUACUGAUACAGCUCUUUGGAAACUUACUACUGAUGGUCAGUUUUCCAUUCAAUCAGCUUGGAAUCAUUGGCGCAAGAAAUUUGAUAAAGUGACUUGGCAUAAGCUUGUGUGGGGCCCUAAUAGGAUUCCUAAAGUCAAUUUUAUUGUCUGGGUUGCUCUUCACAAUAGACUUUAUACUGGUGAUAGACUUCGUAUGUUUGGCCUGGCCACAAGCUCUCAAUGUCCUUUUUGCCUCAUCCCUGAGGAAAGCCAUUCACAUCUAUUCUUUAAGUGCAUCUUCUCUAGUAGAGUUUGGUGUGCUAUUGAAGCUGUUUGUAACAUUAAGUGGCCUGUUUUAGGUUGGCCUGACAUUGUCACUUAUGCUACUAAGGAGACCAAGGGUAACUCAUUGAGGGUCAACAUCAUCAGUAAUGCAUUCUUAUGUUCUGUUUACUUUAUCUGGGUUGAAAGAAAUAACAGAAUUUUUAACAAAGAAUUUAAACCUGAAGAGGUGGUCAUUAAAUCUGUUAUCCAAAUGGUUUGA